UUGGCGUAGGCUGGCUGUCUAUUUGUGUUUCGAAAUUUAUACGACAUAAUUUUUAAAGUUCUGUCUAUUCGCGAGAAAUAGCGGAAAGUGAAAAUUCAGAAGUUUUGGAUUUGAGUAGUGAGAACUCGGAGCAAUCAAACGAUAUGAUCGACAACAUUCUACAAUUGAACGACGAUUGCCUGAUGCGGAUAAUGGGACAUUUGAAGCUGAUUGAUUUAUGCGCAGUUGCAGAAACAUGUACACACCUUAAAUGGGUUGCUGUUGCUGGUGAAGCUUUCGCCUAUCGGAAAAAAACGUAUGGAAUGCCACAGAAUGGAAUUAAGUUCAAAGACCAUCGACGAAUUCUGAAAACGUUCGGAAAUUUUGUGACGACAGUUACAUGCAUCACGAACUUCAGCGACAUCGGCCUGAAUACAAGGCAGAUGAUUUCUGCUUUCAAAUGGUUGGAAGUAUAUUGUGCUGAAUCGCUCAAACAUAUCAAUAUUAUUGGUAUGGAGAAGAUUGACUUGCCGCCAUCAGCAAUAAGACUAAUGCCUAAGCUUCAAAGAAUCGAUUUUUCGAUGCCGAUUUCUGAUCGAAUGUUACGAAAAGCGCUCUGGAAUUGCAACGAACUGGUGGAAUUGAAUUUGAUGAUGUACGAGGGGCCUUUCCAUUUGCAGGAUCAUCGUUUCCCCCAAUUGGAGAAACUGUCGAACCGUGUGCGCCUUAACCGUGACACAGAUUUUAACAAGAUCGAGACAUUCUUUCGGCAUCAUACGAAACUGACAAGCCUCAGUACACAGUUUCUCAUCAACUACCACGGUGAUCGUGCCAUUGAUUUUGCAUUUCUCAAACAUUUGCCGGAUUUGAAGAAGCUGAGUUUGAUUUUGGUCGGUGAGCCGAUCGUAGGCACAGAAGCUUUCGCCUAUUUAAAAAAUUUACAAGAAUUCUCCGUCGAUAGCAGCCGCGAUAAGCGAACAGACGCGUUAAUACUCGAAAAUCUAGCGUCAGUCGACUCACUGGUAAAGCUGGUCCUGGAAUUACCGGAAGUAGGUCACUUGGUUGCAGGCAUCGGCCGAUUCAAAAAACUUUCGAAAUUAGAAAUUUCUUCAAACGGCGUAUAUCCGCACGGUACAUUUGACAACGCAAACAUUUCUAGCUUGUCUCAACUUCGUGACAGCACCUUAACCGAAUUGGAGAUUGGCUGUAUCAAGUUACUGGAACCUGAAUCCAUUGUGAACGUCGUUCGUAACUUGAAUAAAUUGAAGAUCUUGAAGCUGUACUGUGAAACGGAGUUGUCUGAGACAAUCUGUCUUCGUCUGGCAAACGUUUGUUCGUCGCAGAGACGAAAGCUCAUAAUCAUUCUCGAAAAGGAAGUUGUUGAUGACAUGAACUUCGACUUUGAUUACAUCGGAACGUUCAACAAAAACCACGGAUCGUUUGUCGAAGUCAAAAUUGAUACUUGUCCAUUAAAAUUAAAUGAUUAAAUAAAAUAUGAAGCCUCGUACGGCUACUUGAUUUAAAAUUGUUU